AACCAAGGUGUUCCUUUUAUCCGAACUGUGCGCCAUUUAAGAUUUUGUCGUGAAAGUAGCAACAUCGAAUUUCGUGUUAACAUUAUCAAAAAGUAAAUUUCAACUGAACAAGAAGAAAAAUGGCCCGUACCAAGCAAACAGCCCGUAAAUCUACCGGAGGAAAGGCUCCGCGUAAACAAUUGGCUACCAAAGCCGCACGUAAAUCCGCCCCAUCCACUGGCGGAGUCAAGAAGCCCCAUCGUUAUCGUCCCGGUACCGUUGCCCUUCGUGAGAUCCGUCGUUACCAAAAAUCGACGGAAUUGUUGAUCCGCAAAUUGCCAUUCCAACGGUUGGUUCGUGAAAUUGCCCAAGAUUUCAAGACCGAUUUGCGUUUCCAAUCUGCUGCUAUUGGUGCUCUGCAGGAAGCAUCUGAGGCCUACCUCGUCGGUCUCUUCGAAGACACCAACUUGUGCGCUAUCCACGCCAAGCGUGUCACUAUCAUGCCCAAGGACAUCCAAUUGGCCCGCCGUAUCCGUGGUGAACGUGCUUAAGCAGUCGCAGCAGCAACAACAACACAAUUUUCAUCAAAAAAUUACUUGACACUACAAUUAAUUAUUAUCAUUAUAAUUAUAUUACUGUCUCGUCAUUCGAAAAAACAAAAAAAAAAUACUUUUUUUCAUAAAUUUUCAUACAGUUCACAAAAAAAAAAAUAUUUAGUAAUUAAAUGUACUAGAAAAUGUAAGGUCUCAUAUAAUAUAUUAUAACAAAAAAAAAAAAAAAAACAAUUUUACAAGAUUUUCCAUUUAUGUGACAGGAAAAAGAAUAGAUUUUGCGUUUUUUUUUGUAUUGGAUUUAUUUAAGUUUUGUGUGUUUGGAAGUCUUCGAAAGCAUGCGAAAGAGAGAGAGAAUGGAAAAUGCUAGAAGAUUCGACAUGCAAAUUAUUUUUUAUUAUAUUUCUUAGAAAAUAAGCACCCCCUUAGCAUUUAGAGAAGAAAACAGCAGCAAAAUGUUUGGAAAGAUUCCGUGGAAGGCGCGUUGGGAUGAAAGUGAAGUGAAAUUCAUUCAGUCGAACAUCAAAGCACAUCAAUUUACGCCACCGCACCAAUCAAACCAACCACCAAUGAAUGUAACUUUCCACGAAUUUUGAAAUUAAAACAAAGAAAAUCUGAAUAAUUUUUUUGUAUUA